AUGUUUUCAUGGAUCAGAAAACCACCAAAAGUUCGCACUUGGUCUCAUUCACGCCGAGGAACCCAACUGCCGCUCGGCUUGACUACCACCAAAUUUUACUCCUCAAAGGUUGAGCUGCCCGAAUAUGACUACGCAGCAGCGAGGGAUUGGUUUAAGAAUUUCGAUGCCCUGAAGGCUCUGCAUGAUAUUGGCGAGGUUACUUACAGCCGUUCCAGUGGUCCCGGUGGCCAGAAUGUCAACAAAGUCAACUCAAAAGCGCAGUUACGUGUUCCUGUCGAUCGUCUCCUUCCACUGAUUCCUACCGUCUUGCACAAAGGUAUUCUCUCCUCACGGUACUAUGCGGAGAACUCGUCCAGUCUGGUGAUUCAGGCAGAUGACAGUCGAAAACAGCAGGCCAAUAAAGAUACAUGCUUCCGCAAGCUCAACGAGCUGAUUGUUGAUGUUUAUAAGCACGCUGUACCAGGAGAAACAAGUGAAGAACAAAAAGAGAAGGUCAGGAGGCUCCAAAAGGCGGAGAACGAAGCAAGAUUGAAGAGUAAAAAGAUUCAUUCAAGCAAAAAGCAGAGAAGGUCGAAGAACGAUCUGGACUGA